ACCAGAAGGAGAUACUUCUAUUGCAAUGGAGAAACAAGCUAAAUCGAAGAACAACCUCUUAAAGCUUCUACCAAAGGCUGCCUCGGCCGUUACGUUCCACAACCUACCUUUCAGUCCAGGUAAGAACAAAAGAUCAGAAGUUAAUGCAAACAAGCUCAAAACCCACGUCGGAAAAGGAUUUUCCGGUCCGAUCAUAUCAAUAAUUCCGGCAGAAGCUCGCCGGAAGUCCAAGAACUCCAGCUUUUCAGCACAAGAACCCACUUCGCCAAAAAUCUCAUGCAUGGGACAAAUCAAGCACCGAAACAAGAAAAUCAAAAAUAAGCCUAAAGAAUUCAAUCCCUUCUCGUCUCCUCUUGAGGUGAAGAACAAGCCGUCGAUGAUCAAGCGGGUGUCAUCUCCGGCGGAGAUCAAGAAGAAGGCAUCGGCAUUUCGAAAUAUCUUUAGCGGACCACAAUCAGCUGGUAGAAAACUUGAUGUUUCUUCUGAAUCUGAUGAUCACAAUAAGUCGAAGCUUCCCAAUACGGCGCCCGGUUUGAAUCAGAUGAGGAGAUUUGCGAGCAGUCGCGAUAACUUUGCCAAUUUUGAUUGGACAUCGGUGCAGAUUGCACCGGAGGACCCGAAUCACCUGAACUUGUAUUCCGAUGAAGAGGGAGGAGAGAGUGAUGAAGAAGAAGAGGUCAUUAUUCCUUUCUCUGCACCUAUAAUCCUCGUGAAUAAAGGUGUAACUUUGGAGCCAAAGAAGGAAAUCAAUCUAUGGAAACGAAGAACUAUGGCUCAACCAACACCGCUUCAAUUGAGUACCCGGGUUUGA